CUGGGGUCACGUCAAGUUCGGAGUAUUUAUCUAAUCACAUACAGCCGAGCGAACGAAGAGAUAGUUCCUAAUCGAGAAAGUUUUGUUCAGCUGGUGUUGGAUAGUUUCGACAAUGCAGACCCAUUAACGCGUUGUGAGAUAUUACAGUGGGUGUGCAGCCAAGAACGGCAUAGGGAUGGGGCCAUUCAUUAUCAAAUGGCAGUGAAAUUAAAUGCACGGCGACGCUGGCUGAAAAUACGCAAUUAUCUUGAUGAGCGACACGGAGUGAAAGUGAAUUUCAGCGCUCGCCAUAGCAAUUAUUAUUCAGCCUGGCAGUACACCACAAAGGAAGACGAGAGUUACUUACAGUCUGAUAACCAUCCCGAUUUGACUAAUACCCCUGCACCCAAUACUUCAAGGGCUACCGAAACGCAUACCCGACUUGCCAAUGGACGAAGGAAGCGUAAAAAGUCCUCCCAAAGUUUAUCGGUUUAUGAUGUAUCGCAGAUAGCCGUAAAAAAUGGCAUAAAAACUCGGUUAGAGCUGCUGGUGUUAGCACAAAAGCAAAAAAGUGAGGGGAAACUUGACUGGCGCAGUUUAUCGCGAAUCGUGGAAGUCGGGUAGUGGAUGAAGCGAUAUUUGUGGGCUGGGAAUUAGAAAACGCGGAGAGCACGCUGCAAAGGAGUAAAAUGACUCGAAUUGAGAUUUUGUACAGUAAAUUGGAAGGAGAGUGUGAGCCAGGGUGUGACGGCCAGUGGUUGCAAAUGGCAAAAGAAGUGUUAGAGCGGAACUCUAUUGUGAGGGAUGACUUUGCAGAAGCUGUUCGCAUACUUCUCGACAAAGGGCGCGGAAAGUAUCGCAAUCUUUACUUGAAAGGUCCCUGUAACUGUGCGAAAACAUUUUUGCUAAACCCUUUGAACACUAUCUACAAAACAUUCAGUAAUCCAGCCUCUACAACGUUUGCUUGGGUUGGCGCAGAACAGUCAGAAGUAGUUUUUCUCAACGAUUUUAGGUGGUCUGCUCAAAUUAUUCCCUGGCAUGACUUCUUAAUGCUUCUUGAAGGCCAAAGUGUCCAUCUACCCGCCCCCAAAACACACUACCGACAAGAUAUUCUGUUCCAGGGAGAUACACCCAUAUUUUGUACCAGUAAGGAUGAACUUAGUUAUGUACGAGGCGGUGUUGUUGAUGACAGGGAGACUCAGAUGAUGAAGGUAAGGUGGCGUGUCUUCAAUCUCUUCCAUCAAAUACCCGAGGAACAGCAGAAGUCAGUCCCCCCGUGUGGAAAAUGUUUUAGUCGACUUAUUUUCCCACAAGACGACUAA